UGGUAUGUGCUCCAGCUCCUGGGGUUCCUGCCACUGGUCAGAUGUGUAUGGAUGGAUGCGAUGAGGAUGUUACAUCACUUGCAGUGCAGCCAGACGCCAGCAGCAGCAUCCAGCUCGGAGGUAACGCGGCGCACAGACCCAGCUGGCCAUAUUGUGCACCAGCUCUCCGCAAACCGGCUGCGUCACACCUAAAAGACAAAACACACAGCAGCACUGGAGCAGUGAAGUCGCCACACCAGGAGAAACAACGCUGUUUUUACAACGCUUCUCAUCUGAGCUGGUUGGUGUUUUUUCGUGCAGGGAAAAUGGUUAAAUUGGGGAAUAAUUUCAGCGAGAAAAAUAACGGGAAGGUGGUUUCUGAAGACGGAUUUGACACCAUCCCUCUCAUAACACCAUUAGAUGCCAGUCAGCUGCAGUUUCCACCACCAGAUAAGGUGGUGGUGAAGACAAAGGCUGACUAUGAUGGUGACAGCAAGAAGGGCAAGCUACGAUCUCCUAAAAUCGCAGAAUUCUCAAUAAGCAUCAUUGAAGGCGUAUCUGAGCGACUCAAAGUGACCUUGCUGGUGAUCUGUGCCCUGGCCUUCCUGGUGUGUGUGGUGUUCCUGGUCGUCUACAAGGUCUACCAGUACGAGCAGCCGUGCCCCGACAGCUUUGUUUACACGCAAGGUCGCUGCAUGCCGGCUGGGAUUUAUGGCAACUACCCCCCUCAGGGCCCUGGGGGCCGCGGGCGCCUCUUCACCCUUAUCAACCACUACAACAUAGCCAAGCAGACCAUCACCCGGUCAGUAUCACCAUGGAUGACCAUCAUGUCUGAGGAAAAGGUCACCCAGCAGGAGACGGAGACUGCCCAGAAACUGGCUUAACCAACCUGGGAUCAGGAGGUGGCCUCACCUGCUGUGGAAAUAAAUAAAUAAUAUGGUUGUGCCAUUCAAGCAAACCUCAGAGUCCCGUGGCUUUCUGUGGGUGAAAAAUCAACUUCUCUUGCCUGAGGUGCUCUGCUGCCUUGUUGAUGUAGUUUGGUCAGCUGAUGUGUACUGUAGCAGGAAAUCUGUGGAUAUUUUGAACAUGUUUUGAGCAAAGCUAGCCUCCCCGUUGGGUGGAUUCAUGGUUUGUUUGAAUCGCAUAUGUUGUUAUUUAUUUACACUUCAAAACAGAGUGGCAAACUUGUAGAAAAAGCCACAGGAACACAGACACACACUCACUGUCUUUGUACAUACACAUAUGUAACAGAACUCACUUUAGUACUCACAUUGUGAAACGACUGUGAACCAUCUCGUGUCUGCGUCGCUCGUUUUAACGCACAUGCACGCACGACUCUAAAAACAGUUUGAUUUGAACCUUCUCAACUACAUCAACUACUGAUAGCGCAUGUCAGACCUCGCGAGGUCCUACAAGUGGUAAAUCUCUCAUGAAGCAGCGUAUUUGCCACUGAGGUCAUCUGUGUCAAAAUAUUUUACUGUCAUGAUAUUGUGAAUAAACGAGG